CCCGCAGACGCCGCGGCGGGCGAGAUGCUGCAACCGGCUGUACGGCUGGUGUGGCUGGGUCAGGUGCCCUACGCCGAGUUGCUGGCGUUGCAGCAGCGCUGGCUGCGGCGGCUGCAGGCCGAGCCAGGGCCCGAGGCGGGUGCGCUUCUGCUCUGCGAGCCCGCGGGGCCCGUGUAUACCACCGGGUUGCGCGGCGGCCUGACGUCCGAAGAGACGGCGCGACUGCGGGCCUUGGGUGCCGAGGUGCGCCCCCUUGGCCGGGGCGGCCUAGCCACCUUCCACGGCCCGGGCCAGCUACUGUGCCACCCGGUACUCGACUUACGACCCCUCGGCCUGCGCCUGCGCACCCACGUGGCGGCGCUGGAGGCGUGCGCCGUGCGCCUGUGCGAGCUCCAGGGCCUGCCGGGCGCCUGCGCGCGGCCCCCACCCUACACCGGCGUUUGGCUGGGCGAGCGCAAGAUCUGCGCGAUCGGUGUCCGCUGUGGAAGGCACGUUACGUCCCACGGCCUGGCGCUGAACUGUUCUACGGACCUCACGUGGUUUGAGCACAUUGUGCCCUGUGGGCUGGUUGGGACAGGCGUCACUUCCCUGAGUGAGGAGCUCCAGAGGCAUGUCACUGUGGAUGAAGUAAUACCACGUUUCCUUGAGGCCUUUAAAGAGACCUACAAGUGCACGUUGACCUCAGAGGACAGCCCCAGCUGAAAGGCGUUUAUAUUAUCUCACCCGGGAGGUCUUGCCUUGGAAAGCACCGCACCAGACUUGGAGUCACUGGAACCCAGAUUCUAGAACUGGCCCUGUCAUUCACACAUCAUGAGACUGUGGGCAGAUCAUGAGCUCUGGGCCCUUGGUUCCAUAUGUAUAUGGUUUAUUUAUAUCUUCCCAACCUACCUAAGAUAUAGAUAUGAAAAUAUUGUGAAAAGUAUACUAUAUGAAUAUAAGGCAUUAGCACUACUGUCGACACCCAUUUCUCAGCUCAGAAAAACUCAGGUAUCAUAGGGUGUCAUUUCUCAAAUAUUUCCUCAAUACUGUAUUUAAUUGGGGAAGUCUGGGCUCCAAUUCCUUUGAUUUUUGUAAGAAUCAUUUUUCAGGAUCAUCCAGGUGAAGGUGAUGUAAUGUGGAUUUUUUUUAUAUUCUUAGGAGACCUGGGAGCUUUCUGCAUAACAGGGAAAGGGAAAGGCUUCUUUAAAGAGUAAUAUGGGAUUCUGUCUUCCUGGGUUGGAUUCCUUAAGCCUGAAGGCUUUUUUAGUUAGGUAACCUGAGCUAGGCCAAAGGCUAGGGGAAAGAGAAUAAUAAUUUCUGACUGUGUACAAAUGCCAAAAAUAGAAGGUUUUUAAAAAAAUAUUAGAUCUCUAUAAAGGUUGUAUGUUAAUUAUCUAUAACAAGUCACCCCAAAGCUUAAUGACUUAAAAGAAUAAACAUUUAUUAUCUCA